AUGGUCGAUCAAGCUGCAGAAUCAGUGAUGGCAGCCUUCAGAGAUGGGAUCUCGCGACAGUCAGUGCGCUUGAGAUUGGACAUGGUCUGCCCGCCGAAUCGUGUGGUGGAAGCUGGCAUGGAAGCACUCCUCAACGCUGCGCUGCCAAUGGCACAGGCCUUUACAAAGAGCCUGCAGGCUCCAGAAGGGGCGGCGCUGCAGGAUGUGCGCGUCUCUAGGUUUGAUGGAGUGGGAACGACCUCUGGCGAUGUGGGCACGCUCCUGUAUCGAGUCACGGAUGAUGCCAAACAGGAUGCUGCGGUCAUUUUCCUGGGUGGCCGCAAGUUCGUUCUGCAAGAUCCCUCCAGCGAGUUCAUCGGUGGAAUGAAGGAUCGUCUGGUUGUCAUGCUGAAUGCAGAAGACGCGGCAACCAGCUUCAGGAUCGAAAACAGAGGUGAAGAAGUCAGCGUUGGGGGAAAUUUCGGCAAGGACGUGGAGAUUCUUGGAAAGUUCUGUGAAGAGUUCCAAGAAGAGACGUACUACAUCCGUCUCCUGCUCUUGAGUGACUGGCCAGUACUCAUCUUUCGUGCCUACCCUCAACCGUGGGUGGUUUAUCUGGAAAGCCUCGACGGCGAUGUGGUGAGGCUCAUCGAGGGGUCGCACAAGCCGCAAGCAGAAGAAAUCCUUGAGGAAAUCAGCAAGUACGAGAGUGAGAUGGGAAUAACAUCUGCAGCCAAAAUGGCAAAGGUGCAGCAGUCAACUGAGUGA